UAAAGCUGCGUGUCCUCACAGGAUAUGCACCACUGUAUCACCCCAAACAGGCACCAACAACUACGCUCUUAGAGUCAUUACUUGAGGUAAACCAUCACCACUUCUUUCAGCGGGCACAACAGCUGAGCCAUGGGCGGAGGACCGUCAAAACCUCCUCCUGAGACUUUGACUGAAGAAUGGAGGAACAUAACGUGGGGACACAACGAGAUAGACCUGCAGUUUGUGAAAAAUUUUCAGCCUCUUAAUGAUGAGGUCCAACAGCUCAGAGCUCUGCUUUAUGGACCCGCUGGUUCUGGCAAGUCCAGCUUCGUCAACUCUGUCGAAAGUGUUUUACGUGGCAGAAUCAGUGGUCGAGUUUUGGAAGAUGCAAUCUCUCAAGAGAGCUUCACCACAAAAUACACAACUUACAAAAUCCACAAAGGAAAACUAGGAACAUUUUACCCUUUGUCCUUCACUGACAUCAUGGGCCUUGAGAAGGGAACUAACAGAGGAGUUGGCUUGGAAGACAUCAAAUUGGCCAUGGAGGGGCACAUAAAAAAUGGCUACACUUUCAAUCCUUGCUCUAAAAUAUCAGCGGAUGAUCGAUACUACAACAAAGACCCCACUCUGAAUGACCGAGUUCAUGUUCUGGUUUGUGUCAUCUCUGCCAGCACAGUGAAUAUACUGAGUGAUGAAACUAUGAAAAAGAUGAGAGAUGUCAGACUUGCAGCAAAAGACAUGGAGAUUCCCCAACUGGCUAUUCUCACCAAAAUUGAUGCAGCCUGUCCAGAGGUCAACGCAGAUAUAAAGAACGUGUAUAAGAGCACGUACCUGAAGGAAAAGAUGGACGAACUGAAUGUGGCGCUGGGUUUUACACUGAACUGCAUCUUUCCUGUGAAGAACUACCACUCAGAGAUCGACACAGAUGAUGACAUUGAUACACUGAUACUGAGCGCACUGAGACGGAUGAUUAUCUAUGGAGAAGACUUUGCCAACAGCCAGUAGAUCUAAGCCUACAUACUGCUGUGGUAGUCUACAUCUUGCUUUAUCACAUCGUGAAAAAAGUCCACAUGAGGUGGGCAAUAUGGCUUUUUGAUUUUCCUUUGCAAGCAUGUAAUGCAUAUAGUAUCUGCUACGAAUUAUCAUACCUCUACCUUGCUGAAGAAAGUCUGAGUAGGUUGUAUCACUCUUUCUAUGCAUUUGAUUUUUUUUAAUUAUUCCAGUGAUUCUCAACCCUUUUGGGGCCAGUGUCUUAAAUAGCCGUUAUCAGUCGCUAUAAGCACCAUAGAUGUGGGUCAAUAG